GGAGAAGUUUGAGAACCACUAAUGUAAAGUGGGGGUAGCUUACCAGCAAGAGUAUAUUGUUGUAUGUCUAUUGCUUUUUGGAGAGAAGCAACUGUUCUUAUUUUGUAAAGUUGUAUUCUUUCUCCACCCUCCUAUCCAGUCCAGAAAGAAAUCUAAAGGAAUCGCGUUUGGUGUAAUUUAGCCUUCGCUGGUUUCCGUAGGAAUGCGCAUCAGCUGACUGACUCGAGAAAAGUCAGAAAGCAGACAACCACAAGAAAAUUAUUGGCAAAUAUAAUAUUUAUUAAUUGCAGCUAACGCUAUUAUAACCAUGGAGUCGACUCUCGAGCAACAUCUGGAUGAUACCAUGAAGAAUCCAGCUAUUGUCGGAGUUCUCUGCACGGACCAACAAGGACAUAUUCUAGGCUGUCGUGGCUCUCUGUCUGAUGAACAUGGGGGAGUGGUAUCUGUACUGGCCAGACAGGCAGCCUCUCUCACCAGAGACCCUACAGACAGCCCCACAGUGUGCCUGGAGUCAGAUUCAGGGAAUAUUCUAGUGAGAACACAUGGAACCAUCACCGUAGCUGUUCACAAGAUGGUGUCAUGAGGUCACCUAAUGAAGAUAGACGAGGCUGUUUGUACAUCUGUUUGUUCACUAAUGCUAAAUAGUCAUACCCAAUAUAAAGUCUGGAUCUGGGAGGUCACAUUGAAGUUGCAGAAGAUUGUAUUUUAUUUUAUUUUUUCACUGUCUGUUUGGCCAAGAGUCAUUUAAAGUCAAGUACAUAUUUAAAGUCAAGUAUGUACUAUUUCAGUUGUGUUUUGUAUACGUGUCAAAUGGGUCUGAUCUGUUUUUGGGCCGAUUUCUUAUUCAAUAACUGGUCUGAUUUUUCAAAUCCAUGUAGAAAUAUUGUAUAUGUUCAUAUUAAAAGCAAUGUAACAAUUUGUCA